GGCCUGUGUCACAGCAGAGUUUUUUUGUGAAAGAGAAAAAAUUCUUAAACACUAUUAGUUUUAUUUUAUAACUUUGUGUUACUCAUCUCAUUGCAUAACUGUUUGUGCACAUGACUUCCCCAGCAACCCUUGUAUUGUCAGCUGAUAGCAGGGUGUGCAUGUUUGUGGAAUGCUGCUGCUGUUGACCAGUGAGUAAGAGAUAGCAAGGAGGCCAGACAGCCUGACCUUGGGCCUGUUUGACUGGCCUGGCAUCACAGUGCAGUGUGUGUGUGUGCUGCUCAGACAACCAGCAGUCUCUUCUAGUUGGCUCCUGCAGACCCCAGAGGUCCGAUGGCAAGCACAGCGGUUGACUGUGUCAAGGCUGCCCAGUACAGCUUCCUGGACACUAUGGAACACGGCCUACGCCCGCAGACGGACGAGAUCACGGACCAGCUGAGCAGCUCGCUCGCAGUGUCGUCCGUGCUGCGCAGCUGCAAGAGCAAGAUCCUGCAGCCGUACCUGCGGCUGCUGGCCUUGAUGGGGCUGCGGCCCCUGGCCCCCGGGGCAGGGUGGCGCGGGCCACUGGACUGCCUCUACCUGGGUGCGCUCCUGGUGCUGCUGUGCGUGGGCUACCUGCUGCAGUACAUGGCCUGCUUCAGGCGUGACCGUGGGUUUUACUUCUUGGACAAUGAAGACGACCAGCAUGAGCGUGUGUGCUAUGGCAGUGUCAUGUUCAGUUACAUACUGCCGAGCUGCUUGCACUGUGCCGGGUAUGUGUACGCUCUGCGAGUCUUCAGGCAGCACGAGACUGAGCAACUACAGAACCUCAUGGAAAGGGUGUUCCUGAGCUCGUCGUCGCCAGCCAGCAGCCUGGCCGUGCAGCGCCAGUUGGUACGCAUGCUCUGGCUGUUCGUCGGCCUCAGCGUGCUGUGGACGCUUGUCUCCCUCGUCGCAGACAACGUGCUCAUGGCCGACAGCGACAUAGAGUUCUGCUGGCUCGAGUCGAGCCCCGCCUCGGUGACGGUGCCCUUGAAGAUCCUGCUGACCCUCAGCACGCUGUGGCACGACGUGCUACAGGCAACAAUCAUCGCAGGCUACUGCCUUCAGGCCCAGUUGCUCAUAUCGCACGCUCGCUUCCUCAACGCCAAGCUGCUGGAGCUGUCCGUGUCACCAGCCGAAUGGAUGAGGGAAUUGGCAGAGUUCCGGAAACUCCUAGACUACCUGAAUGAAGAUUUCGCCCCAAUAGUGUGCAUCUUCACGAUACUGAACAUGUCAUGUGCUGCAUCUGGCAUUAUUUGGCUGCUGCAGUUAGACGUUGUGGACAAUGGCAACAUGCCCAGUAGCAGCAACUUGGCUAACAUUUUGCUCUGGAUCAUAAUUUCAGCUGUACCUUUCAUACAGAUAGUCCCCUCGAGCAAGUGGCUGCGUGGUCGGCAGGCGGCCAGGCUCUCGAACGCCUGCAGGUCCGUCCGAGAGGUGGGCCACGAGAUGAGAGGCAAGCACCUGCAGAUGUGCGAGCAGGACUUGGACAGGCUGCUGCUGUUCUCAUCAUCCCUCCGCCUGUCGGGGCAGCUGUUCCACCUGGCCAUCACCGACAGAUACGUGUACGCGACCCUGGGAGCGGCGGCCGUGGUGGUGCUGGUCUUGGGCGAGUGCCACAUGCUCGUGUGAGCCGAGCACACUCCGCAGUACAACUACACAGCUACGUAUUGUAACAAAAUUAUUACAUUUCGGUUGUGUGUGUGUUUUGUAUCCAUUCUUAUUUGGUUUAAAGUAUGGCUGUAAAAUUGCAGUAUGAGCAUUAUUAUGUAUUUAUCUGAAGUUAAUAAAGGAGAGUCUAAUUGUGAGAUAAUGUA